GGUACUUCUGUACGUGGCACCGCAACUGCUUAGCCAUGUCCGCAGAGCUGCUGCUUAAGGGAAUACUCUUCUUGAUGAACUUCGUCUACUGGUUCUUCGGAGGCACGACCGCGCUAAUGGGCGUCUACCUCUUAAUGGUGAAGGAACGCAUCCUGCAUCGCUACGUCGAUCUCACCUUCGACCCGGCCGUGUUCUUCAUCGUCGUCGGCUGCCUCGUCUUCGUGAUAGCCGGACUCGGCUGUGUCGGAGCCCUGCGCGAGAACACGCGCUUCCUCUGCCUGUACGGCUUUUGCCUGUCUGGUAUCGUGAUUGCAGCCUUCUUCGUGGCUGUGCUGACUGUUUUGUGGCCCACGCUGAGCCCGUCCAACAGCUCGCGCCUCGAGAAUGUUCUGCGGCGUGCCAUAAUCAUCUACAGGGACGACCCGGACAUGGAAAACCUAAUCAACACGCUCCAGUCGUCGCUGCGCUGCUGUGGCAUCACCUCCCGGGGCUACCUGGACUGGCAGCACAACGCCUACUUCAACUGCUCCCAGUGGAACCCGAGCCGCGAGCGCUGCGGCGUGCCCUAUUCCUGCUGCAGGGGCCGGGGCAGGUUUCCCAACGUUAUGUGCGGCUACGGUGUUACCGACACGUCAAAGAGGUCACCUGCGUCGAUAGAGCGCGCGAUAUACACGCAGGGCUGUUUGCAGGCGUUGUCCGGCUUGGUAAGGGAGAACUCCGUGCUGGUCAGCGUGGUGUCGGCGGUAACCGUGGGGUCGCUCGCUGUGGGCAUCGCCGGCGCCUGGCUUCUCGUAAAAUCGAUUGAUGAGGUCAGACGAGCCGUUAUGCUCCAGACCAUAGCUACGCCCCAGGCACGAACGUCUUGCCUGUAGCCAAUAGUGUGAAUCGAGCUCAUGGGGCUCUCGGAUGCGGAAAUUUUAUAGGCCGCCCAGGGUGGGCGACAUACAUCCUUGUCAUUUUAACAUUCCAACGCUUUUAACUCAUUUAAUGUUUGAAUAUUUAUGCCGUUUACAUUUUUGUUAACUUCUUUUAACUUGGACUGCAGAGACUAAUCUAUUUUAGUACAAGCGAAAUAAAAGCUUGCUUUCAUUAUCUGUCGGUUGUUACUUGCCCAUCUUUUGCCCGUUUUCUCGUUUGAUAAAAUGACCCUGAUGUAGCUAAGAAUGUUCUACUAGGGGUCUACGGCUC